UAUCUAUCUAUCUAUCUAUCUAUCUAUCUAUCUAUCUAUCUAUCUAUCUAUCUACAUUCAGACACUCAGACUUAUAGAUACGUACACAAAGUCACAUAGCAUAAAAAGUUAUAUAGCGUAUACAUAUAUACACACACACACACACACACACGCUCACUCACUCACACACGCAUACACACACAUACAAACAAAGAAAUGCAUAGCUGUAACACUGGCAAGAUACAUACAACAAUCAUACACAAACAAUAGACACUCAUAUAAUCACGCACAUAUUCAGAUAUUCAUAUAUAUAUAUAUACAUACACACAAGUCACCUUUUACUUACUUUCUACACUCUCCGGGUCUACUGUACUCACACACACAUAUCUACGUACGCACACAUACACACAUAAAACACACUCACACAUAUAUACACACUGAAAUUCUGUGACACGCACGUCAGAUACGACACAGUAAUGAAUUUACACAAACACACACGUACAUAUUCACGCAGGUACACCAUUCAUAAAACGUAUAUACAUUGUAUGUAGUACACAUUCUAUUUGUUUCACUGAUAAUUACACACACACACACACACACACACACACAAUUAUAUAUAUUUUUAUUCAAAUGAUCUCUCUAUCUAUCUAUAUAUUUUUACAUGAUAUAUACAUACAAAAGUACAUACAUGAUACACAUAUUUAUAUGAUAUAAUAUAACACAAUAUAAUAUAAUAUGAUGUAAUAUAAUAUAAUACAUAAUAUAUAUAGUAUAUAUAUAUAUAUAUAUAUAUAUAUAUAUAUACACACACACACACCGAACACUUAUAUUCACAUUUACUAAUAUAUUUACGAAUACAUACAUUUAGCCACAAACGAAAAAAAACGCUCACAUACGUACAAAGGUACACACACACACACACACACACAUAUAUAUAUACACACACACGCAUUCACACACAAACACGUACCUCACGUACAUAUUUACAUAUAUAGACUUUGUGUACAAAUUGAAUGGAAAUUCAAUCGGAUUAAUCUUACAAAUCAAGAGAGCAUGACCUGAGAUAUCUUCGAAUCAUUGCACAAAUGUAGUUACAAUUCGGUCUGAAGGGUUUGUGAUUCUUGCUCCAGAGGAAAAAAUGUGUGACAAGAAAUUCGAGAUUCCUGUAUGGGUGAAUGGAACCGAAAAAUGGUUGUCAGGGAUUUCUAAAAGAACUACUUGUGAUGACAUUAUUUACGCUUUGCUAAACCAUGAACAUCUUCACGAAACAGAAAAUACUGAUUCAUUCGCUAUUUACGAAUGCUGGAAAGGCACGGAGAAAUACUUGCAAGGACGUACAAAAAUUCUCCGUGUUUGGAAGAACAGGGCCGCUGAUCGAAGCAACGUAAAGUUUAUAAUGCGUGAACUGGACGACAUUGCUCAAUCAAGUGAAUAUUCAGCAACGAAGCGUCGGUAUCGGAGAUGGCGCCAUCAAAGGCGCUAUGAACAUAACUUCGAUAGAAGUCUGUGCAAUGAAGAAACACAUGGAAGCUGUUGCUCUUACAAACAAAGGUUUGACAGUCACGACAGCCAUAACAGUUAUUUUAACGGCGAGCUUCGGUGUGAUUUUAUGAGUAGUAACACGCUGGACCACAAUAAAUUGCGACGCCUGCAUAAAAUCAUUAAACUUGUCAUGAAUCAGGAGAAGAAAAUCAAAUCAUUAGCUAAUCGUAUCGAAGAAACAGAAUUGUUAAUAGAAAAAUACGAAGAUAAAAUCCAUUUCCACCGCAUGCAAAAGAAAGGCGUCAACUAUGUUCAAAGAUCUUUGCUUCUAGACAGUACCAGUACCAGUGAGGAUUCUUUGGACGAUUUUCUGUCUAAAGCUAAUUUACACUUGCUAGAAGAUUACGUUGAAUUGCGUGACAGAUUGAUUGCAGUUUGUGAAUUACUAGCAGCAGAAGAAGACACGAUAGACCAACUAUCAUCACUCAUAAAAAAGCAUGGUGUCCAUGUGAACGAGGUUCUCUCAGAUUUAAAUAGAAAAGAAUUUAAUUCGUCAUCUUCUGAAACGGGGAUUACAGAAAAAGCAAAACAAGAUAAAAUAUCUUUUAAUAAUAUUUUUGAAACUUCUCCGAAUGGAAGCGAAUGUCAUUUAUUAUCACACGAUGGUGAAAAUGUUGGGGUAAUUCCUGACAGUUUGUCUUCUACAGAGGGACUUGAUGAAGGUGAAAAAUCGGAAUUAGAGGCUCUUAGGAUUCAGUUUAACCGAGUAAUGACUGUAAGCGUAAUCCAGAAUAUAACUAUGGAUCAACUGAACCGGGAAUUACAAAGGUAUAAUAAAUUGCAAAAUGAGAAAUCAGAUUUGAUUCAUAGUCUUGAAAAAGAAGUGUUAACAGCUGAAUUGGGUUCAGUUAAUAACCAAAACUGUGAAAUGUCAAAAUGUAUUACAAAUGAGGAGUCAAAACACAGGAUCGACAAUAUCUAUUCUAACGAAAACAAUUUUUCUCAACAAAUAGAUGAUGACGGUUUUAUAAUUUCUGAUGUUAAUACACAAAACACAUCCGAAUUACCUAAAAUUUCAAAAAUUAUACCAACUUCUAAUAAAAAAUUGAUACCGACUACUAAUAACAAUUUGAAAGACGUUAAUAAAAUAGAUUCAAAAAAUAUUGCUAAUAAUCGGGAAUGUGGUGUUAAUAUUGAAAGUUCCAGUACCCCUGAUUCAAGCCCUAAUUCUGUGUUAAAAGACUCAAAUAUAAAGAACUUAGAUAAUCCCAAGGUCGGUAUUGCUGGAGGAGCUCCGAAAUCCCAAUUUGUACGAACAAAAAGUAUGCGUGAUUGGACAAGGUUACCGAAAGAGAAUGUCUAUCAACAAAUAAAGAAUGUUUGUAGCAAGAAGUUUAAUGAUGAAGAAACGGAUAACAAUAAACUUCUCACACAACAACAGCAGCAGCAACAACAAUUGGCCCAACAACAUCAUCAUUUUUACCAACAUCAGCAAUAUAAAAAACAGCAACAUCAACAACAGGAAAAUAAACAGCAGCAGCAACACCAGCAGCAGCUGCAGCAACAACCAGAAGAGCAGCAACAACAGCAAAAGCAGCAAGAAAAUACACACAUUUCAUAUCCACAAACGCAGUCACCACUGCCAUCACCGUCACCACCAUCAUUGACAUCUACGCCACCAUCUCCCUUACUGAAACAGCAUCAACACCACCAACAAAAGCAACAUCAUCAUCAUAAUCAUCAGCAACAACAACAACAACAACAACAACGACAACAACAACAACAACAACAACAACAACAACUGCAGCAGCAGCAACAACAACUUCAACAAAAACCACCAUCUCCACUACCAACACAACAAUCGUCACAACAACAACAACAACAAUUACAACAAAAACCACCGUCACCACGACCAGCAGCACCACCACAACCAUCUCAACAACAACUACAACCACAAAGACUGCAAGAAAAACCACCGUUGCCAGGACCUGCUCCAAAACUAUCACCACAGCAAAAACCACAACACCACCUACAACAACAAUUGGUCACUUUAGAGCAAUCUAAGCAGCAAAGCAAGCUGCAGAUGAUAACAAACAGUCUGAAGGGAGCCAUUAAAAACAGAAGUCCAAUACUGAAAUUGGAUAAAUCAGACGACACUGAUUCUACAUCCGAUACAGGUCUAGGUUCGAUAACCAGUGACGACUUCUCAAACACCCAUAUCGAAACACUCGUAUGAUAAAAAUUUCUUUCUUAAGUAAAAGAUCUAAGAGUUUGUACCGGGCAGUGAUCAAGUACAGUGUCCUUCGAGAAAAUAUGAGCUCCUUACUUCCAAGAGAAUAUGAGGGAAGCAAGCAAACCAAUUCGGCUUAUAACUGGGCAUUAAAAUUCUGUUAUGUAUUGCGCUUAACUUACCGAGAACUUUUAAUCCCAUUUAAAGUAUCAUAUAUAUAUAUAUAUGUAACGUACUCAUUUUAAGUACUUAUGCUGCUGUUGCAUAAGCCUCAGUGUCAUUUGCAAAACAGGAAGUGUACAUAAUCUGUUAUAUCGAUAAUAUGGUGUUGAUGCACCUUCGGAAGGAGAGAAUAAAAUUUAAUGCAAGCCCUACAAUGAAUUAAAGUGUGUCGAAUGGUGCAGUUAGGCAUAGAAGCUGAUACGCUGCUUUGCUGUGCCAAAGCCAUCACCAAAGUAAAAGAUACGUGAAAAUCUUAA